AUGUGUCUAUCUGGCUACAGCCAAGGAUGGAAAGAAAUAUGUUGCAAAAAAAACAUCGUUCACACUGAAUUCCAAUACCAGCUGGGCCUACAAGCUCCUCUUAUAGGUUGUCAUAACCUAAGAGUUGUGAUAGACACUGUUCCUGGACAUCUUUUGUUCAUGUAUGACUUUUUUAAUGAAGAUCUACUUGAUCUAGCCCGGAACGAUAAUCUUUCUUAUGCUGCUAGAAAGAGGAUCUUGCGUGAGGCGUUGACUGGACUUGCCGCUUUACAUGAACGGGGCAUCCUGCACGGUGACAUCAAACCAAACAACAUAUUUGUCGACUAUGACCUGUCUGAUGGUGCAAUCAAAGUAAAGAGAACUCAAAUUGGUGACCUAGGGAUGGGCUCGAUGAUUCCCCCUGGCCUAAAUGUGCGUGGCGCCCGGCUUGGAAAUCCUAUGUGGCGUAGCCCAGAGUCCCAUGCCGCCGCCCGUAUAAAUACCCCAUCUGACAUUUUCUCCUUUGGCCUUGUUUGCAUAUAUGCCAUGUUCCGAAAGAAUAUUUUCCGCAUUGAUGAAGACAUUGAAAGCGAUUUUGAGAAAGAGCGGAUCAUAGCCAAGCGCUUGCUCUCUCACUUUGGGGACGCUCCCAGCCUUAUUGGAUUCCUAGAGCAUUUAGAAGAUGAUUCUGCCCAGUGGCGAGAUAUUGUUGUGGCCGUUAUUGAUGAGUUUACAUCGGAGAACCCACGAAAACCAUUUUCGAUGUGGGAGGGCGUCGAAGAGCCCUUUCGGGAUAUCAUUAGCAAGAUGACAAGUCUUGACCCUACGAGAAGAAUAACAGCAAAGGAUGCGCUUGAGCACCCUUGGUUUUGUAAUAUAUUAAAGUGA